ACAUGCCCAAGAAGCUUGCGAAGCUCUCCAAACUCCAAGUCCUUAAGGGGUUUGUAGUUGGAGAUACGAAGGACAAGUACUCAUGUACUCUAGACGAUUUGGCAAAACUACCAGAUCUCACAAAAUUGAGCAUUUACACAGGUAUGAAGAGCUUCCCCACAAAUGAACAUGUGAGUGCUCUCGCAAAAUUAAAGAGACUUCUCAAGCUAACAAUUGCAUGGGGAGGAGGUGCUUUGCAAGAUAAAGCAGACCACAAGCUUCCCAUGGCGAAAUCAGAUGAUGGAGAAGAAAAGAAGAAAGAAAAUGGAUUAAUAGACACUGCCAAGAAACGAAAAGUAGAAAGAUCUCUGUCCAUCCUACCUACCAUGAAGCUUCCAACGCCUCCACCACCUCCACCACCUCCGACACUUCCUUCAAGGCUGGAGAAACUAGACCUCAAGUGUAUUCCUGAAAGAAAAACAGAAGGUUGGCUUAAGCCUGCCAAUCUGAAGGGCCUGAAGAAACUGUACAUCAGAGGAGGAAAAUUCUUUGAUCUUGGUCAGUUUCAGGAACUUGAUGAUGAGGUGGUGAAGGAGAAGGACAGCUGGAAAGUAGAGCAAUUGCGUCUCAAGUACUUGACUGAAUUGGAGAUGGACUGGACAAAAUUGCAGGAAUUAUUCCCCAAGUUGAUUUACCUGGAGAAAGUAGAAUGCCCUAAACUCAGUUUCUUUCCAUGUGAUGAGAGUGGAGUGUGGAGUGUGGAUGAACAAGACACCGCCAAAGUAGAGGUAAACGCAGAGUAAGAGAUAGCGUUGCGAAUUUGUAAAAAAAAAAAAUUUC